AAAAAAAGAGUUCUUUAAUACAGAAUAUUUAUGUUCAAAAAUCUCGAAUUAAAUGAUAUAUUACCCCACCACGCCUCUCUUCCUAAUCAGUGAUCCGUCUUCCCAAUCCCAAUCUUUCAACUCAUUCAUCGCCGAUGGGAAGAAUCUCAAACCUCAGACAUCUCAUCGGAAUCGUCAAAGACAAAGUCUCCCAAUCCAAAGCCGCCUUCGUGUCGAAACCGAGCAACCUCUCUCUCCACCUAGCAGUCCUCCGCGUCACAUCCCACUCGCCACACGCGCCGCCAGAUGACUGCCACCUCUCUGCCCUUCUCUCCCUCGGUGACGGCUCACGCGCCACCGCGUCCACCAUCGUCUGCGCCCUCAUGGACCGCCUGCACCGCACCGGAGACUGCGUCGUCGCCCUGAAGUGUCUUCUGGUCAUCCACCACGUCAUCAAGCGCGGGCCGUUCAUCCUCCAGGAUCGCCUCUCCAACUCUCCGAUCUCCGGCAGCCGGAACUACCUAAAGCUCGCCUCCUUCCGAGACGGCGCCACCACUGCCACGUGGAUGCUCUCGGCAUGGGUUAGAUUCUACGCCCGGUACCUGGAAACCUUACUCUCUGCUUCCCGUGUGACGGGCUACUUUCUCUGCUCAUCUUCCGGCGCCGGCGCCGAUAAAGAUCAAAGGGCAGAGAAGAUCUCCCUGUUCUUGAACGGAGAUUUAAUCAGAGAAAUCGGUUCUUUGAUCGGAGUGAUCGAGGAGAUUUGCAGAGCACCCGAUUCCCUCCUCCUGGAAGGCAACAAGCUGUUAUACGAUGUGAUGGGUUUGUUAUCGGGCGACUAUACAUCCUUAGUGAAAGAAUUGUUACCGAGACUCAGCGAGUUCCGGGAGAGACUCGGUCGCCUGAGCUUCGCUGACUCGGUCGAGUUGGCUUGUGAUUUGAGGAGACUGGAAGACUGUAAGGGGAGAUUAUCUGUCCUGUUCAUGGGCGUGACCAAGCCAUUGGCUCAGACUAUGUGGAGUUUGGUGGGAGAGUUGACUGAGAGACUUGAGACUUUGAAGGUUAGCGAACAGGGGAAGAUGCUGACUUUUAGGACGAAGAGUGAGUCGACUCGGUUUGAUCACCGAGUCUCGAGAUUACAGUAUUCGGUCCGGUUUUCAUCAGGGAGGUAUUGCCAUUUACAAUGACAAGACCAUCAAGCUAAGGUUGCAUAUUGAUUUAGAUUGGUAUAAAGAAUUUUUUGAGAUUAGUUUUUUUUUUUUGACAGAUUUUGAGGAGUUUUUAUUACAUUUAUAUGUACAUAUAUUUUGGUUUUUUUUAUCUCAAUUUGAUAGGGUUUUGUUCGGAUGAAAUUAACACUCUUGAAAAUUAAGAGUCACUUUGAUUAUCAUUAUUUUCAGCUUAUUAGUCAAUAUUUUAUCUAAAUAUGUAACUUUUGUUUUGAUGCAUUGAAGCGUGUAAUAAUCAAAAUAAGUAGGCUCGAAAUUAAAUUACUUUUCGAAAAAUGCUUGGUGUGCACAUUGUUUUGUAUACACCUUUGACUCACUUGUCUGUCUAUGCAGGCAAUAUACACACGACUCGAUCUGUGUAGACAGACAAGUGUGUCGAAGGUGUACACUAAAAACUUGUACACUAAUCACGGCUCUUAAUUUUCUAUCUAAUUGGUUGAAGUAAAUGUAGAUAAUUAUUUUAACUGCUUGUUUUUCUUUAUUUUAAUAAAAACUAUUUUAAAUAUAUUACGUAUUUUUUGUAAAAUUUAGCAAAUUACCCAUUCUUAAUAGAAUUUCAUGAAUUUGAGGAGAUUUAUUCGAUUUGGACCAAACGAGGGUAAGAGUAUCUGUUUUAGUACGACACUCGACAGGAUACCCAGGAAUAAUGGGAGCAAAUCAAGGGUUUCUAUCCUACAAAAGAUGCCUACUACGUAGCACUAAGAAGUUAAGUAGGGUUUCUAAGAAGGGUUUCUAAGAAGUUAUUUCUAAAGAAAAUGCUUAUAAACCUUAGAUUCUAGCCUAGUGUACAUGAGUUGCAUAUAAACCGUACACAAAACCCCGUAGAUGCUUGUGUACACAGGCAAUUCAUUUAGAAAAUGACAGAAUUUUAUAUCCAAUUGCCUGUGUACACAGGUAAUGUACAUAUUUUGUGUACACCUUGUGUACACCAAUCAUGACCCUAUUUCUAAAGAUUUAACAGUUUAACAUUUUUUUUGUUAAGCACUACACCUUGCAUAGGGCUCUUUUUGUACACGCUCUAUACAUGUCAUCUAUGAAAGUUUUUUUAGUGUAAAUACUAAAUAUUACCUCCGUCCUGUUGGGAGGUUCUCAUAGCAAAACGACAUAGUUAUUUAGACAAUAAUUAAAAAAAUUACUUCGAGUAUAUUUUGAGAAAUAAUUUUAAUAGGUAUAUAUUAUAAUGUAGUUAGUAUUGAUAACUGUGAUGUUAUAAAUGUAUUCUUUUUAAUAUUUAAUGAUUGACUUGUCACUUCAGAUUGUUACUUGGUUCCUAAAAUGGAAAUGAGAAUCUUUAUAUGGGACGUCCAAAAAAGGAAAGUGUGAACCUUCUAAUGGGACGAAAGGAGUAUCAUUCAUAGACCAAAAUGGAUCUUGAUAAACGACAUGUAUGAGGCUUAAACAAAAAUGGCGUGCACAAACAAUUUUUUUUUGUAGGACUGUUUUUUAGUUCCAUCGCCGUCAUUUGCCGCACGGCAAGGUCCUUGGCACAAAUCGGACGACAAAGAAGAAAGAAACAGCACGUUGGGAUUUGCAAAUAUUGCAUCCGACGGCCAUAAAUAAUCAGGCACCUUACCCAGUGGCCAAAUCCAGGCAGAGAAACCGGAUCCAUUUUUUAGGCUGGUAGUAAUUGAUUGAUUUUUUUUACUGGAAUUGAUUGAUUAAGAAGUGAUUUAAUAAUACUCCAUAUAAG